AAUGUCCUCCACUGCUGUAAUUAACCUAAAUAUUGUUGACAGAAACACAAACAUGCCAGUGUUCAAGGAGAGAGAAUACCAAACUAAAGCCUCAGAACUGGAGAUCAAGGAUGACAUUCUGAGAUUGGCAGUAGAUGACAAAGACACUCCCAACACUGAUGGAUGGCGUGCAAAGUACUUCUUCAUCAGUGGGAAUGAGGAAGGCAUCUUUAAACUGGAAACAGACCCAAUAACAAAUGAGGGGAUUUUGAGCAUCACCAAGAAAAAGAAUUUUGAAAUAACCAGUUUGGUCAACUUAAAAAUUGGGGUAGAGAACAUUGAACCCUUUUCUAAGUGUGAAAAUGGGAAAUUGGUUAAACAGGAAAGCAAACUUCCUGACUCAGUCAGUAUCAAGGUUCUAAUGAUUGAUACCAAUGACCCACCAGAGUUUCGGAAAACAAACAUAGAUGUGUUUGAAAAAGAAGAAUCUGAUCCAGGAAAGAUUCUCUUCACCCCAGAGGUUCAUGAUCCAGAUUCUACUUCCUUCAGGUAUCUACUAGUAGAAGAUCCAGCUAACUGGGUAUCUGUUGAUGAAAAAACUGGAGAAAUCAGAACAACUAAGAAGAUGGACAGAGAAUCACCCUUUGUGGAUGAUGACAAUGUUUACAAACUCGUCAUCGCUGCCAUAGAUGAUGGUGACCCUCCAGCCUCAAGUUCUUGCACCAUCAGUAUCCACCUGAGGGACACCAAUGACCACAAGCCUCAUCUGGUCAACAGCAGUCUCAUCAUGUGUGGAAACAGGAACAACAAAGUGAUGGUAUCUGUAAAGGAUUUGGAUGCUGAUCCCUAUGGUGGACCUUUUCAUUUCUCACUUAAUAAUACUGAAGAUAUGAAGAAAUGGAAACUAGAUCCAGAUUAUGGUCAGCAAGGUGGCCUUGUCAGCCUGAAUCCACUUCUCUUUGGAAACUAUUCUGUGUCUCUGGAGAUUGGAGACCUACAGAACAAUAUUGCACGUGAGACACUGAAAGUGGUGGUGUGUGACUGUGGAGAGAUGGAUACAUGUCGUUCAAAAAAGCCACUUUCAAUUGAUCUUGGAGCUCCUGCCAUUGGACUUAUAAUAGCUGGAUUUGUACUAUUUCUACUCUUACUUCUCGCUUUGGGAAAAUUUGGACAACCAAAACAUAUAAACCUUAAAGAUACAGGAAACCAGACUCUUAUCAAGUACAAUGAAGAAGGACCGCUCCCUUCAUGCAAUAACUCAUUGUUGGCUAGCAACAGAAAGAGCUACCACAUGGGCAAAUCAGUAAACCAGUUUUCAAGUGUGACCGAUAGUCAUCCUAAAAGUCAAACUGACAAGUCACCAAAGACUGGACCUGAUGGGAGCAAGAUGAUAAACGUUUUAGUGAGGCCUGAGACUUCUCCAUUUUCUUUCAAUUAUGAAAUGUCCAACUCAAGAUUCAACACGAUGACGAGCAAGAACUCCCAUCAUCAAAGAAACUUCAGCAGAGGCCAUGAUGGUCGUUAUAUGUACUCAUCGUUUGCCAGCAGCAUGAUGAGCUCCUACAGGAACAAAUCAUUAAGCCAUCGUUUUUCAAGUGUGCGGUCAGAUUAUCAUUUUUCCAGUUACAUUGAAAGGAAACUCUCUAUGAUGAGAAAAUAUGAAGCUGAUGCAGAUCUAAAUGCAGGUAAACCAGAUGAAAAACUCUUCAUCUAUAAAUAUGAAGGAAAGAUGAGUGAGGAUGCAUCACUGGACAAACUUUCAUUCAACGAUUUGGAGGAUGAUUUGCAGUUUCUGGAUGAUCUUGGACCAAAGUUCAAGACCCUGGCAGAUAUUGUCAACAAAACUUCAAGCCAAAAUAAAACAGUUAGUGGCCUAUAGGAUAACUGGAACAAUCUUGAUGAUAGCUGGUGGGUUCAUUUUGCCAUUAAAUUCUGUCAGAAAAUGUAAACAACAACAGAUGAACAUUUCAGGGUUUAAGUGAUGAGAGCAUUGUUCUGAUUUGGCUGUGAACGUCUCUUUUCUCUUUGACGCAUCUUCAAUCUCCGUAUUAAAAAUCCUUUACGCCAUAAUCUGGAUCAUUUUCCUGGAGACACGUGUACCUUUCCAUCUGCUCAAUAAUCCAUGUUCAAACCAGUUCUCUCAAUUCGUCGCUCCCGUUUCCCACCAGGAAAUAGUCUACUCCCUUCCUUCACCAGGAAAUAGUCUACUCCAAUGGAAAUUGGUUUACAUGUUUUUCUAAGGUGUAACCAUUGUGAAGAAAAUGUCUGUAUUGUUUAUGUUAGAAGUAUUUUUCUCCUUUCAAAGAUGACAUCUUUUUGAUGGACAUAAAAUGUCAUAAUUGAAUGAAUAAUUAUUUUAAAGAGUGUUUGUAAAAAUGUGGCUAAACCAUAUAUCUUAUUUAUGUGAAGGUUGAGUGUUUUAGUUUGGCUUUAAGUCAUGUUUGGUUUUCCUUUUCAGUCUAACCAGGUUUAGGUUGAUUAUCCACAGCUGUCUUUAUUUCAGUUAUUUACUCUUCGUGUAUUUAAAUUUCUAGUUUUCAGUUCUUUAUUGCCUGAUUGUCACGUUUUUGUUUCGCCGUGGGUUUUGAGAUGUUUAAGUUAAUUUAUUAAAUGUCUAGCUUCUACCAUUAAGCGGUCUUCUACAUUUGUAUACCAGUUCCUGACAGUUUGUUGUAUUGUUCGGCAGGAUUGUUGCUGUUUAACCACCAAAUGAUUUUACUGAAAUUCAUAGGAAAAAUGCAGAAAUUACACAAACACAUGUGGGCAGCCCUUAGAAAACCUGAAAAACCAGUCUAGGUGUUUACAUUUGGUGAAACGGUCUGCUUCUUCCACAGAGAAAAGCAAAGCAACAGUCACUACUAUAUGGUUAUCAUUUGGGAUUGUCGUUAAACCUUUAUCACUGCUAACUGUCUCUCUAUUUCUAUGGUAUUGAUAAAGUGAUAAAGUGCAUUAUUGACCUCUCUUAAUAUUUUCUUCCUGCUAAAUUGCAAAUA